UUUUCUCACUCUCAAAAUCAGUACCCUCCGCUCUCUCUCUUCUCUCUCUCUCCUAGCGCAUAAACGAGAUCAAUGGCGGCACUACAACAAACUCCGAUAGCUUUCCAGUCCAGGUCACCGCCGCCGACUCAAAUCAUCACCGGACCGACGGCGAAUCUCUCCUUUUCCGGCGGCCUCAAGCUCCCGAAACUCACCAUCAAGCUCCGCUCUAAUCGCACCUCCCGCCGCGGAGGCGGUGCUGCCGGAGCACAAAUGGCGGCUUCCGCUGCCGGAACUUACGCGAACGCACUCGCCGACGUCGCCAAGUCGAACGGAACCCUGGAAGAAACAACGGCCGACCUCGAAAAACUUGAAAAAAUCUUCGACGACGAAGCAGUGUUCAAAUUCUUCGUGAGUCCAAUCGUCAGCGAAGAGAAGAAACGCGAAAUAGUGGACGAGAUCGUUUCAUCCUCGAGCAUCCAGCCGCACGUAGCGAAUUUCCUCAACAUUUUAGUAGACAUGAAGCGCGUGGAGCUAAUCAAAGAAAUUGUAAAGGAGUUCGAGAAAGUAUACAAUACGAUAACGGACACGGAACUUGCUGUGGUCACUUCUGUUGUGAAAUUGGAAUCGCAGCAUUUGGCUCAGAUCGCGAAAGGAGUACAGCGAUUGACAGGUUCGAAAAACGUGAGGAUUAAAACGGCUAUUGAUGAAUCGCUAGUAGCUGGAUUUACAAUAAGGUAUGGAAGUUCAGGAUCAAAGUUGAUUGAUAUGAGUGUGAAGAAACAACUUGAGGAUAUUGCUGCUCAAAUUGAAAUUGGGGAUAUUCAAUUAGCUGUAUAAUUGUUCUGCUUUUAAAAUUAUAUUUUUUUCAGUGAUUAAUUUUUGUAAUAUAAUUUGCUUUAAAGGCAAAUGGAAAAUACUGUAUUGUUCUAAAUUUUUGGAUGAAACUAUAUAUUAGUAGUUGCUGUAUGCAA